UGGAGUAAACAUGAACAUGAAUCUAGUAGUUUAGAGACAGAAAGAAGCAGUUGGAUAUUUAUAAGUGUGCUUGAUUAAUAUAGUAGCCCAUAUAAAUAGAUUUUCUGUGAUAUCAUCGAAAAAACAAGAACUUACGAAAUGUUUACGAAACUAUUUUAAAGUUUAUCUGAGACAGUGGAAAGAAAAAGAGAGACCAACUUGGAGACCACACAACCUAACCAGCUCCAUCUGGUCACUUCAGGGGGAACACAGUUCAGCCAUUCGGAUCUAAUCAAGUGUAUUGUUUUUCUGACGCCUUCUUGAUAAUGGGAUCAGAUAAUGGGACUAGCUCCUUGGAGAACGUGACAAACAGUAACAGCAUUGUGAGUAACAAUAUCUCUGUUACCUUUGGGGCCCUCAUCCUCAGCAUCGUCUUCCUCCUGGGUGUUCCUGGCAACCUCUUCAUUAUCUGGAGCAUCCUGGCACGUGCCCGCAAACGCUCUGUCACUACCCUGCUCAUCCUCAACCUGGCUUGUGCAGACGGUUGUCUGAUGUGUCUGACGAUUUUCUUUAUAAUAUACCUAGCCAAGCAGAACUGGAUAUUUGGAACAGUCAUGUGCAAGCUGCUUUUUUACUUGUGCAAUACAAACAUGUAUGCUUCUAUUAUGAUCAUUACACUGAUGAGUCUACACAGACUAGUGGCAGUGAUGUGGCCCACAUACUUGACCGCCUGCACUCGUAGACGGACAGUAUUACUUGUGCUUGGGGGCCUGUGGAUUGUCGUAUUUCUUUUGGCACUUCCUGCUUUAAUAUUCAGACGAACAGAGAAGAAUUACAAUGGGAAGGAACGCACUGUGUGUGCAACUCAUCACGAGCAUCCACAGCAUGUGAGUGUCUUUGCUCCACUAAUACUUGAGAGUAACACUGUAUAUCAAACUACUCAGCGUUAUACUUCAUAUAUCUCAUAUCAUACCACAGACUUGCCCUUGUUUCAUAUAAUCCAACUUUAA